UGUACUUGAAAUGGCGGACAGUCCAGGUGAAUACGAGCUAUCGAUAAAAGUACUAUUAGAUGCUGCAGUUAGUCGUCCAAAUCUGCAACAGUUUGUAAUUUCUGAAAUUGUUGGAGUUAUAGGUAAAACUAAAUGUGAUACCAAGAACUUGAAAAGGACGCUGCCAUUUUAUAAGCACUUAAACACAGUCGCUGUUAGGUCGUUGGAGUGGAGACUUGCUGCUUGUGGUAUUCUAACUGAAGAGGAUACUGCUCUAUCAGCCAUCUCUCCUUUCAUGGAUAAGAUUUUAUUUCAAUUGGUUACUAGCUCGGCCAUAGAAUGUGCUGAAUACUGCGUUCACGUCUGGUUAGAGAGGUAUGCUAAACGUAUGAGUGACAAUCAACUGUCAAAGUUGAGGGUUGCUGUUUUCACAUUUAUUAAGGGAACGAUUUAUUAGUCUUCUUUUAUUCUUAUACUUUACGAUUGAUGGUAUUUCAACCGAAAUACUUGGUAUAAAUGUAAAAUACAUAGUUGGCGAUAAUUAAUAACAAGCCAUUUCCAACACUAGACAAGUUUAAAAGUGAAGACAACAUUGCUGGUUGGGUUCAUUGCUGAUGAUAGUUCCACAAAUUACCUUAUGAAACCUGCUAUGUGAAACGUGAUAUUGGUAAAAAGCAUGAGUGUGUAUAUGUGGGUGAACCAUAGCUUGAAGUGGAGGCUAUUGUUUUAAUUACCCAUGGAGUAUUUGCCGCAGAGGGGAACAUAUGUUAUUAAUCUAUUUUCUGUCAAGAAGGUUCACAGUUUCACAUGUGGACUUUUCAGCGCUCUCUGGGAUGACAUUGAACAAACAAGUUUGUUUCUUUUGUAAAACAAAUAGAAAUAUGGGAAUGAUGUUAAUGCUCAUGCUUUACCCAACUUAGUCAAAUCUAUUGUCUUUUAAACAUAUGCUGAUUGAUCACUUUCCAUCUUCCUGGAUUUCCUAAAAGCUGUUAUUUUGUUUGCAGGGUUGAAGCCCAGCACAAGGAACCCAAAGAAAUGUUCAAACUUGAUUUGCCAAAUCCAGUGGAAUAUUUAAAGAAUGAAGAUUCAGCAGAAUUGAGCCUUGUAUCAUCAGUGACUCUGGCAUCAUUUAGGGAACUAAGUAAAGAGCAGAUACAAAUGCUUCUGUCAGAAUUUCCUCUUCUCCUUGAGAGCAUUCCCAGCCAGUUUUAUAUCAGGCUUUUUGUUGGGUUUUUCGUUUUCUUUGGGCUCCUCAGAUGUUUGUCAAACUCAAGCAAUUUCAGCUGCCUUUCAGAAAUUGGAAAUUGGACAGAUAUGUGGCUGCAUUUGCUGACCUCCAGUCUUUUUGGAAAAUUCAAGGCCAAGAGAUCACAGACAAAGAUAUUCCAGACACAAAGAUAUGAUCUGCCAGUCCACCAUAUCCUUUGUGGAUUGAUGAUAUCUACAAGUUCUUUUACAACGAUUAAAUCCCGGCCUUGUACUCAAAGGAAGCUCUUAAAAGGGCUGGAACAAUUGAUAAUGUGUAGUUCUGGAUUCACUUCAACGUGGCUGAACACAAUAAAGUUACAUUUUUGAAACACAGAAAUAGUUUGGAACAUAUCGGAAUGAAAGUAAAGAAUCCGGGACCACACGAAAAAAAAACAGGAUAAUAUAAAUAAAUAAACUAAUAAAGUUAAGAAGAACAUCCUUACACCGUCAGUCAAUUCACUGUCGAAACGGCCGACUUCGGCCAAAAGGCCAUCGACAGGAUACCGUCAGUUCACCAAAGAAAAAUUUGUUCUUUGGAAUUGAGCAAUAAACGGACACGGUUACAUCUGAAACGAGAUAUACCUCAUCAAGAGAGUCGGUCAACCACAAAAUUGACCUUGAACUUAACAAUGAGACAAUGGUGAACUAAGUGAAUUCUUGUUCACGAAAAAGACUUGGCCGCUCGCCAGGUGAUACACUUGACAAAAGUUUAGCAUCGGUCCUUUUAUCGACGACCAAGCUCAAAAUAUACCAUGUUUUCAAUUUCUUUUUGUCUUGUUUCAGGACAAUUACUUUGGAGAUGUAGGAUGCAUAGGGGUAAGGUUAAGAUACCUAAAUCAAACAAUGUCAACCAGGAAACAAGCGCGCCAUUCGUGUGUCCACCACGUCUCCCUAUCAUAGGAACCCAGGUUAUUUCUUUGUUCCACACUCAUGGUAAGAAGGACGAGGAUCAAUAACACCAUGUUUAAAAGUGUGAAAAAAAUGUCCCCAAUGUUGAGCUAAAUGAUGACUUUUACCGUAGAAAACUAGCUAACUAACUAGUUUACUGAUUUUUCGAU